AUGCAAGCCUGAAUAAGAAAAAGAAUUUCUCCCUCCUAAGCCAUGGCAUAUCAGUUGUACAGAAAUACCACUUUGGGAAACAGUCUUCAGGAGAGCCUCGAUGAGCUUAUACAGUCUCAACAGAUUACCCCCCAACUUGCCCUUCAAGUUCUACUUCAGUUUCAUAAGGCUGUAAAUUCAGCAUGGGCACAGAGGGUCAGGAACAGAGUCAAUUUCAGGGGCUCUUUAAAUACGUACAGAUUCUGUGAUAAUGUGUGGACUUUUGUAUUGAAUGAUGUUGAAUUCGGAGAGGUGACAGAACUUAUUAAAGUGGAUAAAGUGAAAAUUGUAGCCUGUGAUGGUAAAAAUACUGGCUCCAAUACUACAGAAUGA